UGAUUUAACGUUAUUUUUAUGUUGUCGUUCUCGUCGUCACCGACGGUUGGUAUACAUGUUACGAUGGCGUCCGAGAAACCCGGGACUGUUCAACAAGACGAUUCUGCUUUUGAGUUAGAGACGAGCUUAAUGAGCAUGGAAAAUAUGGAUAGAUCGUCCCCCGAGUUGUGGCCAGAGAAAAUUCCAGGGAUGUCAGAAUUUAUGAAUUUACUUACACCACCAAACAAUAACAAUGGUAAGCUUCCAUAUUCAAAGGAGUUCACUUCAGAGGAUGAAAAUUAUCUACAUCAAUUAGCUUCACUUCCUACAGCAGCUGUUAUAGCAAAAGUAAAAGAACUUCAUGAUAUGGCUUAUCAAUUAGGACUAGAGGAAUCGAAGGAAAUGACGAGAGGGAAAUAUUUAAAUAUAUUUAGUAGAGGUAGAAAUAGAAAAUAAUUCGUGAAUCAAAAUUAAUUUUUAAGUACAAAUU